GUUCAUCCGGCUGGGUUUGACGGUGGACAGCGUGGACUGAGAUGGGAUGGACAGGAUGGACACGCGUGAAUGUUUGGAUACAGACUUUUAACACACAUGGAUGCAACUGUGUGGAAGAAACUACAGACAUUCGUUAAUCCUGGCAUGUCCCAGAUGAGAGACUACAGUAAUGAAUGUCAUCACUUUCACUGUCUGUACGCUGUGCCUGCUGCCCCAGGCGGUGUUGGCCCGGUGGGCGUGCGUCCGGGCCUGCCCGCCGACCUGCACCUGCACCCAGGAGCGGAGCUGCAGCGUGCUCUGCGACCGCUCCGCCAUGGCUGAGCUGCCCAAGGAGUUUCCCUGCGAGGCCUCUGCCAUCAACCUGGAUAAGAACAGCCUCAAGUUCCUGUCAGAACGGGCCUUCGGUACCCUGCCGUCCCUGCAGUCUCUCUCUCUGGACCACAAUAACAUCUCCUUCAUUACUCCAGGAGCCUUCAAGGGUCUCGCCAACUUAGUGGAGCUAAAAAUGGCGCACAACGAGUACAUCAGCUACCUUCACACACGGACAUUCACGGGCCUGAAGAAGCUGGCGAAACUGGACUUGUCGGACUGCAACCUCUUCAGCAUCCCCGACCGCCUCUUCAUCGAGCAGACGGCCCUGAAGCAACUGCUGUGCUUUCAGAACAACUUCAGGAGGAUCCCGGGAGCCCUCCGAGGCAUGGAGAACCUGACCCACAUCUACCUGGAGAGGAACAGGAUAGAGGCGGUGGCCUACAACUCCCUGCUGGGCCUCGGCAGCCUCAAGUACCUGAACCUCCAGGACAACCGCAUCAACGUCAUCCAUGACAGCGCCUUCCAGGACCUGGUGCGUCUGGAGAACUUCUACCUCAACGACAACCUGCUGUCCGACCUGCCCCGGUUCGCCUUCAGGGGCCUCAGCCGCCUCAAGAUGCUCAACCUGGGAGGGAACAAGCUGACCAACGUGUCCCGGACCUGGUUCAGCGACCUGGUGGAGCUGGAGGUGCUGUACCUGGACCGGAACCAGCUGCUGAACAUCGAGGAAGGAACCUUUGAGAACCUGACCAGCCUGAUGACCCUGCACCUGAACGGCAACAACCUCACCACCCUCCCCUUCAGCGUCUUCCAGCCCGUGUACUUCCUGGGACACCUGUACGUCUUCAGGAACCCCUGGGAGUGCGACUGCUCCCUGGAGUGGCUGAAGCAGUGGAUGGAGAGCUACAAGCUGGUGCGGGACAUCCCCUGCGCGUCGCCCACCUCUGUGGCCGGCCUGGACCUGAGCGACGUGAGCUUCACCAACAUCAACGGCACCUGCUUGGACCCCGGGGAGCUCAACGCCACCACGCCGUCCUCGGACGUCGUCUCCACCACAGAGAACCGCUUCAACAGCCUCAUCUCCAAGCUGCUGCAGCAGGAGCUCUGGGAGGACGUGGGGAACGGGACGGAAGGCCUUCGUAACGGGACGUUGCAGGAUUCGGAGGAGGGCCAGCUCUCCGGCGGGGCUGCAGGGACGCCGGCCCAGGCCCGGCCGCUGCUCUGCUGCGCGGCGCUCUGGCUCCUGCUGGGUCUGUUCGGCCCGGCAGAUAAUCAGCUCUGUCUUUAUUGCACAUGAAAGCUGCACCAAAGCAACACGAGGAAGGUUGAAAUGCGCUUUUAUUCAGCCCAGGAAGUAUUUAGGAAUACAAGUGCGAGUCUGAGCUGCCAAAUGAAGAAUUUGGGGAGAUUUUUUCUGAUGAAAUGCAAGUGCGACGGUUGAAGUGACAUUUCUUGAUCUUCAUGAUCUGUUUGAAGACGGAGGAAAUAUUUACGCACGAGGCUAUGUGUGAUAUCCUCCUGGUUUAUGAAUAUGCCAAAUACACUCGGCUGCAGGAGCUGCUUUGACAAUGCCAGGGGCAGGUUGAUGAAUAUGUUCAUAUCAAGAUCAAUUAUUUCUUGCAUAAUGCUUUAUAUGAAUGAAUAUUAUGUCAUAUUUAUAGAGAAUUACAUAGGCUACUGUGAGUACUUUUAUUGUUUUAUAUUAACAUUCACAUCUGUGUGUAAAGUUUAAGGAGAUCAGAGCUCCCGUAGAUCUCCUAAACAGAUGUUUCUUCUCUGCUCGCAUCUUUUCAUUCACUGCUAAAUGUUGGCUCUGCAGCUUUUCCAUAAAUGCAUUAAUCUCCUGACUGAUUCAGCUCAGCGGCGGCGCUGCUCGCUCCAUGUGAUGCCGGGACUUUCUCAUCACUUUGGGCUCCUAUGGAUCGAUCGCUGGGUCUGAUACCCACGAGUUGUUGUGGAUUGAGGCAGAAAAUGAAUAUGAAAAAGAGUAUUUUGGACAUCAAAAGCUUUCAGUUAUAUUUGAUUAAAAAAAAGAGAAAGAAAGAGGAUGUCCUGCUACCGCACUGUUUAUCUGUAGUCCUCACCGCUUUACUUCUCUUCCUGGUGCUUCAGUAGUUUUACCUUUCAGACAGUUUCACGGUU